GGGGCAGUGUAGUAAGCCGCGCGUUCAUUGGCUAGAACGGAUAGGCAGCUUGUGUUGGAGAGUGAGCUGGGCAAAGAAAGGCAUUGCCGCGGGUGUUCAGAAUGGACGGACAAGAGGAGGACAUUGUCAUAAACAAGAAGUUCGUAACAGAAUCGGAAUUAGAGGAAAUACGAAAGAAAAGGCAGGAAGAAUGGGAAAAAGUGCGGAAGCCAGAAGACCCAGAAGAGUGUCCAGAGGAAGUAUACGACCCGCGCUCUUUAUAUGAGAAGCUUCAGGAACAGAAAGAGAAGAAACAACAGGAAUAUGAAGAACAGUUUAAAUUCAAAAAUAUGGUCCGGGGUUUGGAUGAGGAGGAAUCUAACUUUCUUGAUGAAGUUUCAAGGAAACAGGAGUUGCUGGAAAAACAAAGGAGGGAGGAAGAGAAGAAGGAGUUAAAUGAAUUUAGAAAUGCACAGACAAUAGCUGCCACAUCCACAGAGCAUAAGAAGAAGGAUGUCGAGAAGAAGCCGCUGACAAAACCCCUGGACAACAAGAAUAAGUUUUCUCAGUCAAAGUUACUGGCGGGGGCCGUUCGGCACAAGAGUAAUUCUGAAGGCCCUGGAGCAAAGAAAUUAAAGCUUGAUCAGGAACAUGAGAAGUUAAUAGAGACCCAUUCUAGCUCUGUUGGGAGCUCCUAUACCGCCGGUUCCCGAGUCCAUUGUCCUCCAGCCUCCGUCUGUAUUGGAAUCUUACCGGGCCUAGGCGCCUAUUCAGGAAGCAGUGACUCCGAGUCCAGCUCCGACAGCGAAGCCACUAUCAACAACAUGGGAAAGAUUGUCUCCUCCGUUUUCCGCUCAGGCACUUUCCUUGAUGCACCUUAAAGCAGGAAAACAUUGGUCUCCGUAAUCCCAGCAGUGAGAUGUAGAACAUGGACACAUUCUCAGUGCACAAGCUGCGUAGUGCUCAGACAUCAUGCAUUUUUAAGUUUAAAAGAGUUGUCCCAACUUGAAAUGUUAUUUAAAUAUAAUUCAGCAUGAAAACGAAUUAUUUUAGUAAUUUACUUUCUGUUACUAAAAUGCUCUAGUUGCAAAAUAUUCCCUUUACUUCAUUAUAAUAGUGCCCCCUAGUGUUCAGUCUGUAUAAUAACGUGCACAUUCACCUAUUGAGCUGGAUGAGCAUGGUUGCACAUGUUCAGUUCCAUCCUUCGACUGCCACCAGCCAGAUCUACUGCUAGUAGUGGGGCAAUUUCAGGAAGAAAGGACACGCCCCUGAGGUGCAGCAGAAAAGAGAAUCUGGCUGAGCAAGGCAGGUGUCAGUUUUUUUUGUUUGUUUUUUCUUUCUUUCUAGCACUCUGGAGCUUUCUGCUUGGCGCUGCAUUGUUGUUGUUUUUUGUUGCAGCUUUUUUU